AUGGCCACGACCCUUGUUGCUGCUGCAACAGUGCCCAUGACCUCUCAGUUUCACAAGAGAUCAUGUGGUGAGAAAGCCGACCUUGUCUGCUUCGGCGUCAAUGGCGGAACAGCACAGAACGUCAAUGUGGAUGACGUUGCUUACGCCGCUUCCUACCUGCGAUACAUCGCCGAGGAAAACGCUGGCACGGCUGGAGCAUUCUUCACGAUGCCGCCAUCCAACGACUGCGACGAGUGGCAGCUCCCGCUCGCGUUCGGGGACAGUGUCAUGUCUCUCGCCAAGCACAUCAACCCACGCGUCAACUCAUCCGUGCUGUACGAGGACAUCGCCAACGCCAUUGAUGGCGGCGUGGACCCCACUGCAGAGUCGUUGGCAGCCUCGCUGCUGGGGGCUUGCGGUGCCAACGGCGGCAUGGUUGGUGUCAAGGCGAACUUGUCGAAUCCAGCGUAUUCCUCGGCAAGCUAUGUUGUAGGGAAGGGGAAACCGGAGGCUAUACUCGUGAAGAUUGUUCACACGCCGCAGUAA